AUGCCGUCAAUUACAUCGUUUUGGUCAGGUUCUAUAAAAUAUAUAUAUCAGACAGCCGAAGAAAAACCUCAUAUUUUCUAUUCUUUCUUACUUGGAUCUUUAGGCCCAAUUAUAUUUUUUCUUGUUCCUCCUAUACGAAAAAAACUAGGCUAUGUUCCACCUGAACCUAUCCCUAGAACCUAUCAGCUACCAAAAAGAAAACGGGAAAUUCUUGAAGGAUAUGAUAAUUAA